UGGCCUCAGGGCCUCCCAAAUUCGGGGACAAUCGCUUUGCUAUGCUUAGCGACAGCCCCAAAAAAAAAAAGAAAAGACCUUUUGUUAAACUUCAAGAAGAGUUCCCCGAACUUCCCGAAAAAACAAAAGAAAACCCCAAAUUCAUCAUUAUAUCUUCCAAAGAUCCCAAGAAGAAAAUUUCAGAAUACUCCUGCUUCGCUGUUUACCGCGCGUUGAAUAUUAUAAGCAAAGAAAUAGUAUCCAUCUCCACCCUUCGCGAUGGCAACCUCCUAAUGCUGGUGAAAACCAAAAAUGUGGCAGAAAAAUUCUUAAAAUCAAAAAAUCUUGCUGGUAUAUGCGAAAUUGAAUGCAAACUCCAUGAGUCCCUUAACUUUGUCAAGGGUACCAUAUAUGCCCCCUUCCUCGUAAAUGUCCCCGAUGACGAGAUCGUGAAAGAACUGGCCGACCAAAAUGUACACUCCGUAUUCAAAUUCUCUAGGAAAGUAGAUGGCAAACUAAAACCUUCGGGUGUUAUACUCGUAACAUUCGACCUGUACAACUUGCCUAGCAAACUAGACGUCUCCUGGCACACUAUCAAGCAAAAUAAUUGAGAAAAUGAUUGCACUCCGACUUAUGUGGUUCAUCAACCGCCACAACCUGAUCAACGGCAACCAAGUUGCAUUUAAAAGGAACCACAGCACUAUGGACGCACUUCUGAAGAUCCAACACUUCGUGUCGAAUGCCAUUUCGACCAGGAAUCACGUUUCCAUCCUGGCGACGGAUUUCGAAAAGGCCUUCGAUCGCGUGGGGCCACAUGCAGUUC